AUUGGUCAAGUCAACAGAAGUCUCAAGCAGCAAUGCCAUGGAGGUACAUGGUCUAAAGAACUGCCUUGCCUACCUUGAAGCACAUGACAUGGUUGUGGACACCAUAGUGACUGACCGCCACACUGCAAUAAAGUCUGUGUUAAGGGAAUUGUGUCCACACAUCAAACACCGUUUUGACGUGUGGCACGUUGCGAAAGGGAUCAAGAAAAAGCUUGUGUCUCUAAGCCGCUCCACAAAGCACCACGUUGUGAAGUUCUGGAUAGAGAGCCUUAUCCGACACAUAUACUGGUGUCCAAAGUACAGUGGGGAAAGUGGUGACCUUUGUCUGGCGAAGUGGGUAUCGGCAGUGAACCACAUUGUCGAUGUCCAUGAGCAUGACAACCCACUGUACCCAGUUUGUUAUCAUGCCCCAGUUUCAGAACCACGAGAAUGGCUCAAAGAAGAUAGUGAGACGUACGCAAAGGUCAAGGACACCUUGAUAGCACCCGCACUGCUCAGGGAUGUCCCUAUGCUUUCUGCAAAACAACAGACAUAUGGCCUGGAGUCAUACCACAGUGUCCUGAACCACUUUGUUCCGAAAUCCUAUUCGUUUUCUGAUGAGGGGAUGGUAGCCAGGUAUUAA